AUGAAAGCUACUCAAAAGUGUUCUAGGGCCCUAGUCGUUACAAUGAGUGACGACGAUCUCGACGACAACACCGUAGGGCAGUUACCAUCUUCUUCAGCAGCGCACGCAUACUAUGAUGGAGAGGUCGUUGAUGUGGAACUGUCAAUUGCUGGCCUGUUAUCCUCACUACAUCUGGAAGAAGUGCGGCAUCGACGAACAAGCGAUGAGGACGAUGACUUACUUCGAAUUACGCAUCAACGAAUCCACGCUGUGAUAAUGCAAGACCAAGACGAUGCAAGAAGGCGGCGUUUGCGAAGGGCAUUGCCACCGUCGAACUGCGUGCGCGAACAGAUAUUCUACUUGCGUCGACUUCCUCAUAACUCGGUGCCAGCACCAUCGUAUUACCCAAGAUUGUUCAGUGCCCUUGACUGUAUCGUUAAGGAAUCGUUUGAUGAAGAAUAUCGAAAAGUAGCUAUUAUUUUGGGUCUUGUUGAAAGUUUGGCCGAGCUGCUGGUUCUGGAGCUGACAGUGUUCGAUUUUCCAACUCGAAACGAGCAUCGUUCGCUCCGGAAACUGAUUGCCAAUGCCCUCACCAAUCUGACAUAUGGCCAUGCGGCGAGCAAGCGCCGUCUCUGUUUCUAUUCUGGUUUCAUCCCGACAGUCGUGAGAAUUCUGAACGAAGCAAGGAAUCUUGCGCAGCUAUCGUAUGCUAUUCAAGGUUAUGCGCUAAAGGCGUUCCUUUCCUUGUCGUCGCCAUCGUUUGCUAAU